UCACAUGUUUUUCAUGGACACCUAAUGUCCUUUGAUGUUCCCAAGUCCUUUGAUGUGAAAUUAUAUAAAGCGGCGAAACUCACAUCUACUUCGUUUCGAGUUAACGAAUACACCGGCUACACUUCGAUCAACUGAUCUCCUGCCUUUCUCGCUAUAACUUGAAAACAAUACGUGGAUAUAGUGCAUAAAAUACUGUCUUCUCUAUUCAGCUCUUUUAAGACUCGAUAACAACCCUUGGAUAUAGUACAUAGAAGACGGUCUUUUACGUUCAGCUGUAAAGAUCUGCCAACAUGCCCAUCUUUGUUUUGACGUUUGUUGCUGUCCCUUGGGCUGCUUCAAAAGCUGGUCGCCUCAUCAGAUCUGGACUGGAACUCAUUGGCACAAAUUCACCCAGGGCUAACCCAGCAGAGUCUGUUCCCCAUGAUUUACCUGUAAUCGUACCUCUACCAGCCCAGACAUACUUCCAGGACAGAAGCUUCAGUGGUCUCAGGAUGCUGCAUCAGAAUAAUGUCAGAAGCCCGAACCAACUACCAGAUGAAAAUAAGCAAGAGAAACAAGAGCAGGACAGUACCUCUGCAACCUCUAAGACUGACAUCAGCAGCCAAAGUCUUAAACUCCCUCCCUUCCAGGACAGAAGCUUCAGUGGUCUCAGGAUGCUGCAUCAGAAUAAUGUCAGAAGCCGGACCCUACUGCUUGAUGAAAAUAAGCAAGAGAAACAAGAGCAGGAUAGCAGCUUUGCAACCUCUAAGAUUGACAUCAGCAGCCAAAGUGAGCUCAAGAUGCUACAGCAGAAUGAUGACAGAAGCCAGACCCUACUGCUUGAUGAAAAUAAGCAAGAGAAACAAGAGCAGGACAGUACCUCUGCAACCUCUAAGACUGACAUCAGCAGCCAAAGUCUUAAACUCCCUCGUCUCGCUCUCUACAUGUCUGUACAUCUGUACCCCUUUGCCUCUUGUGGAGUGAAGAGAAAGUCUAGAAAGGACUUGACACCACAUGACAGAUGGAUGAAGGAAGAAGCCCAAUUUGCAGCUGCUUUUUAUGUGACCUAUGACGAAAUUUUAGCGUGUAUGCAGAAAUACAAAGAAAGACAACAAAUGGUUCCUUUCCCAACAAAAGUUGCAAUCUUCUUCCGUGCGGCCCGAGCAAGAAUCAUGGAUCUUUGGUUCAGGAUUGUAGAAAAAAUUAUAUCUGUUUUUGCCAAGGCCCAAGCAGCACUUUCAGCUUGGAUUUUUGACCGUUAUAAUUUUCUCUUUGGUACUGCAGUUUUAUCACUUAUUUAUUUCUUUAUUUACAGGAAAAGACCAACAAUGACAGCAGUUUUUUCCAGCACAGAGGAAGAAUUUCCGGCGGUCUUUCCACAAUUGAAACAGCAAGAAAUGUAUUUCCCAGGAAACAAGCGAGAAUUGCUGAUUUCUUUUCCACACCCACAGCAAAGAUUGCAGCUGUUUUAUCCAGAAUCAAAAGAGGGUUGGACAAUAGUUCUGAAACGGACAGAACACCAAAUGAGGCUGCUUUUACCAGGACACCUACAAGGACUGCAGAUGGUUUUUCCACUGUCCAAGCAAGAACUGCCAGUGCCUUUUCCACGACCAGUGGAAGAAUUGCUGCUGUUAUUUCCACAAUCGGGGCAAGGAAUUCGCGUGUUUUUUCCAGGACUAACAGGACGAAUUAGAGCAGCUUUUUUCGGAGCCCAAAGAAGAAUAAUACAAGUUGUUUCCUGGACUCGAUCAAGAAUUGCUGCUGGUCUUCUCAGCGCAUCCGAAUGGACUCUGACUCUGACGCGAUCUCAGACAGACUCGCAGUCAUGUUUGCACACUUUGAGUAAUAAUAAUAAUCAUAAUCAUAAUAACAACAAUAAUAAUAAUACUAAUAAUAAUUAGUAUUAUUAUUAUAAAUGAAUAAUCAUGAAUAGAUAAAUUAUAAUAUAGUAACAAAAAUAUAUUUCUAUAUGUAUGUACAUUAAAAUAUAUCUAAAAUAUGAAAUGAAUAUGAAAUAGUCGGGUUUACUCCGGGGGCUCCGGUUUCUUCCCACACAAUGAAGAAUUGAAAAAAAAAACCAAACCUAUAAUAAUAAUAAUUAUAAUAAAUGAAUAAUCAUUAAUAGAUAAAUUAUAAUAUAGAGACAAAAAUGUAUUUAUAUAUGUAUGUACAUUAAAAUAUAUCUAAAAUAUGAGAUUAAUAUGAAUAUGAAAUGAUCGGGUUUACUCCGGGGGCUCCGGUUUCUUCCCACACAAUGAAGAAUUGAAAAAGAAAAACCAAACCUAUAAUAAUAAUAAUUAUAAUAAAUGAAUAAUCAUUAAUAGAUAAAUUAUAAUAUAGUGACAAAAAUGUAUUUAUAUAUGUAUGUACAUUAAAAUAUAUCUAAAAUAUGAAAUGAAUAUGAAAUAAUUGCGUUACUCCGGGUGCUCCGGUUUCUUCCCACAGGAUAAAGAAUUUACAUAAAAUGAUAAUAAUAAUAAUGAUAAUUAAAAAUAAAUAAAUAAUAUAGUACAUAAAAUACUAUCUUCU